AUGAAGUAUGCUCUCACCUUCUCAGUUUCUACUUUUCAUACAACAGGGAUAAUCGUUGUUGAUGCCUCAAAUUUCUCCUUCAUUGGUUCUAUUCCAGAGGUAAUGUUUUGGGAUGUUCCUGCAUCCAGCAAGAUUUUGGAAGGGUUUUGCAAGAUUGUUGCAAAAGAAGGUCCAACAGGUGCUACAAAACCUUCUCUUAAAAAGAGAAAGGCACCAACAACAUCUUCUGCUUCUACUCCGAAAAGAAGGAAACAACUAGCUCACAAACGAAAAACACCUACACCAUCAACAAUUGAAGGGUCAGAAUCUGAGACUGAAUCGGAUGCUCGAGUUGAAGAAAAUCAACCAGUUCGUAAUGAGGAGGAAGAGCUUGUUCACAACGAGGACCCAACUACGAACCAAGAGCCUCCAGUUCGCAUUGAAAAGGAGACUACGAACCCAGAGGUAAACCAAACUAUUAAUGACUCUGUUCCUUCUCCUCCUCCUUCACCAAACACAACCUCAACCCCAAUCACAAUUGCUCCUUGUCCCCCUCCUGUUACCUCAUUUCAACCUACAACUAUUCAUAUCUCCACAUAA